UCCUUAGAGCGCUGAACAGCUUUGGCCGAAGGACCAUGAGAGGGCCGGAGCUGGGUCCCGAGCCAACGAUGGAGGGGGACGUGCUAGACACACUGGAGGCACUGGGGUACAAGGGACCACUGUUAGAAGAGCAAGCCCUUACUAAGGCAGCAGAGGGUGGACUGUCUUCACCUGAAUUUUCAGAGCUCUGUGUUUGGUUAGGCUCUCAAAUAAAAUCAUUAUGCAACUUGGAAGAAAGUAUCACUUCAGCUGGGAGAGAUGAUCUAGAGAGCUUCCAGCUUGAGAUAAGUGGUUUUUUAAAAGAAAUGGCAUGUCCAUAUUCUGUACUCAUAUCAGGAGAUAUUAAAGACCGUUUAAAAAAGAAAGAGGACUGUUUGAAACUUCUGUUAUUUUUAAGUACAGAACUUCAAGCCUCACAGAUAUUACAGAACAAGAAAUGUAAAAAUUCUCAAUUAGAUAAAAAUAGUGAAAUUCAUCAGGAAGUUCAAGCUAUGUGUGAUACCCUUGGUAUACCCAAGUCAACAGCUUCUGACAUUCCACUUAUGCUAAGCCAAGUGGAAUCAAAGGUGAAAGAUGUUCUCUCAAAAGUCCAGAACAAUCAUGUGGGAAAGCCACUGCUGAAAAUUGAUUUAAAUCCAGAACAGGCGCAACAACUAGAAAGAAUCAAUGAUGCUCUUUCCUGUGAAUAUGAGUGCCGCCGGCGAAUGUUAAUGAAACGACUAGAUGUGACAGUACAAUCCUUUGGAUGGUCUGAUAGAGCAAAGGUAAAAACAGAUGACAUAGCAAGGAUUUAUCAGCCUAAGCGUUAUGCUUUGUCACCCAAGACAACAAUUACAAUGGCACAUCUACUUGCUGCUCGUGAAGAUCUAUCCAAGAUCAUUAGGACAAGUAGUGGCGCUAGCCGGGAGAAGACGACAUGUGCCAUUAAUAAGGUGCUGAUGGGAAGGGUGCCUGACAGGGGAGGACGGCCAAAUGAAAUUGAACCACCGCCCCCUGAAAUGCCCCCUUGGCAAAAGAGACAAGAAGGCGGCGGAAGGGGUGGUUGGGGUGGUGGAGGUGGUGGUAGAGGAGGAGGUGGUGGGGGUGGAAGAGGUGGCUGGGGAGGGGGUGGAGGGUGGGGAGGGGGAGGAGGAGGAGGGGGAGGUGGUGGGAGAGGAGGUUUCCAAGGCAGGGGAGAUUAUGGUGGGAGGGGAGAUUAUGGUGGAAGAGGAGGCUAUGGUGGAAGAGGGGGUUAUGGUGGAAGAGGUUAUGGAGAUCCAUAUGGAGGAGGAGGAGGUGGUGGUGGAUAUAGAAGAUAUUAAAAACCACAAAAAUUAGAUAGCAGUGCUUACUUCUUGAUAGAUACAUUAGACAUAGUGUUCUAAAUAACACUUGAAUAUCAUCUUUGAAGUAAACACUAUGUUAGACUCCCUGAUAUCAUUCUUGAAUUGGGUUAAUAUGUAACAACAUUGUUUUAUACUACCAGUUGAUCUCUUAGAUGAAGUGAUGAUUUUUCCAUAUCUGUGUAUCCUUAAGCAUGUUGUGACUUUUUAAAAAACAAAAAAGGAACAAAAAUUAUUUUUAAAAAUGUAAAUAUUUAUUACCAUCAAACUUGGAAAAUGGAAAGUAUUUUAUUGUCAUGAUUAAAUUUAGACUGUUACCUGUAUUUUGUUCAGGUUUGAAACACAUAAAUGACCCCACCUCUAAUGGAAAGGAAUAUAGACUCUUGCCUCUUCUGUAUUCCUGUGGAUGUGUUUUGUGUUUUUUAAUUUUACUUUAUCAAAUAAGGAAAGGAAUUGAUAGUUGUGUUCAAUAGGUAGUUGUCGUGAUUUGUCUUUUUCUGUUACAGGAGGAGAGUCUUGUGGCCAGGUUUCUUUUAAAGUUCUAUUAAUUGAAGCCCAAGUCUGCUUUUUACUGUGCAUAUUUGAUUUAUUUUCUAGUUGGAUUUGAAAUCUGUGAGAUUUUGUUUGACAAAGCAAAGUUUGAGGUCAGAAUUUAACAGGACAAAGAUGUUCCAAUUUUACAUGAUGGUGUGAAAAAUAUUCUUGUAAACUGGUCUUGUCAUCAUUUGUGCCCUUACUUUUGAUAUCUGAAUGUUAAAAGGCAAGCUGAGCUGUAUCACAUAGGAUUAUAAGGCAGUAAUUUCCAGUUUGAAUAGAUCAGGUUUAGGGUUAAGGCCUCCCUUGGUAAUUCUGAUUCACAGUUAGCUUUAGCAAACACAGGGUUAGGGAAUGGCUAUAUGUGGUUUGGUGGUUGGAGCAAUCAAAGGCUUGGGUGUCAGGAGUUGUGAAUCCAAAUCAUGGCACCAGACCAAGGAUGCUGUGGGUUGAAAUGACCUUAGCUCUCAAGUAUUGAUUUGUCCUCAUUUGUUAAAUGAGGAAUGAGACACUUGCCUCCUUCUCAGGUCAUUUCAUAAAAACCUAAGUACAAAUGCAAUUUGUUAAAAAUUUGUAGAGGGCCUAUUGUGAAUGGUUUUAAGAGGUGAGCUAAGUAAUGUAUUUUUCUCUUAGUGUAGAGAGAGGAAAAGAGCUGGUCACAUACACUUUUUUUAAAUCCCACCAUAAAAUGUGUAUCUCCAUGUAGGCUCUCAUCAAUGCCUGUGCAUAACAACUUUCUGUGAUCUAACCAGCUCAACAGACAGAAAGCUGAAUUGUUACCAGUGGACAAAUGGUAUUUGAUGUUUGGCAGGUUUUUGUUUUGUUUGUAGUAAACUCUGUGGUAAAAUCUAAAAUUAUGUUAAAACUUUAAAAGUAAACAUUGUGUAUGCUAUAGUCUUUGGACAUGUAUUUUUCAGGCCAACCCUUUGAAGAAAUGUGUUUGGGAUAAACAGAUUUUUUUAGUUAUUUGUAAA